AUGGAUUCCAACGACAUUGGAGAGCCAGCCAUGGUCGAAGCGGCCAUGAUGGAUCCCACCAUGGAGGAUCUCUUUGGCGAUGCUGCCGAUGGACUGAACGUCGGGAUGCCUCCUGCUCCACUUCCAGCGAGUCUCAUAUUACGAAUCGCAGAGAUGCAAAGCCGCGGGUGCUGUGCCAAGCUCGCAUGGGGCAACACCGGAAUCAUUGCUCAUAUAUCAGCCGAUGGGUCCAAGGUCUCCUUCUACACGCUUGUCCGUGAUAUGAAGAGGAAGCAGUGGGCCAUCAGCGAGCCUUCCAAGUGUCCAGUUGAGGCUCCCCAGGGACGAACAUUCGUGCAUGUGCAAUUCAGCGGCAUUGGAAUCGAUCUUGCCAUCGUUGAUAGCGCAGGCAUGGUUCACAUGCGAAGCUUGGCUGGUGCGUUAGGCAGGAUGGUUCCUGCAGAACGAGAUCCCACGCGAGAGAUUCAGCCCAAGAAUGAGCUGGACGCGGUCGUAGGCAUGCAUUGGCUGUGUUUGUGGCCAGCUGAAUUCACGGGCCCUUAUAUUCACCCAGCAAACAAGAUUAACGACCGCUGGGAGGCACACUUGCAGCAGCGAGAACAGCACUCUAUCAAAGCUCAUCACCCUGCUACCKGACGCCAUGCCAUGCUGCACAUCAGUCGAUCCACCGAACUCACUCUCCAGUAUCAGAAUGAGGGUCAGGGCUGGUUGUCGACGAGCAUAUUCUUAGAAACUAUCCGCUCUUCCGAUGAAUCAAUCUCACAUGCAGCGCUAGGUGAGGAAGGUGCGGACCUGUUCGCUGUCACAUAUGACAAUUCCUGUCGAAUCCGUCUGUACAGAGUCACGAUUGAAUGGAAUGCUACCCAACACAGCCGAGGACCAGGCCAGACUUACACACUGGUCACUCCUACCCUCGAGGUUCAUCGCCUGACAGCUUCGCACAAUGCAAUGCCACAGCAUGCAGACGGCGCCAGACUCACGCACUUACGCCUCAUCCCGACAGCGCCUGAAGCAACUCAGUCUCCACCAACUCUGCCGACAGUGCUUGCCGUCUUCACACAGACAUCCUUUCUUGUUGACGCCGCUCAAUCUCAAGGCUCUUUCAGUGUCAUCGCGCAGUGGCGGGUCGAGUCUUCCAUGCCAUCGCUACACACUAGUUUCAAGAAACUGACCGGCAUGGAUUCGAAAGCCGUGCAGAAUCCCAUUACGGUGCUGAAAAGAAGUCCCGACAUCAUGACCAACAAAGUCAUCCUAUCUGUCCGCUCACAGAUGUUCGACACCAUCAUAGCGUUUGGUGCAAGCGAUGGCACUGUUGAGAUGCGUGAAAGAGUCACCAUGGAUGUUAUAGGUCCUUUUGGGGACACCAGCACCGCUUCAAACUUGCCCAGCUCAGGCUUCGAUCAUCUCGCCGGACCUCACAACAAUCACGUUGCCAUGUCCGCGGACAGCAGUGGUGUURCUGUUGUGAAUGCAGACGGAAAACUUGCUGCUCGUACAAUGGCGUUCACUCACGGCUGGCAAGUCAUGGAAGACGACAUCGGCGACAACAGGCCAUUCAUUGAAGCAGCUGCGGUGUGUGUUGCGCGCCAGUAUGCCUUCCUCUGCUACAACAGUAUAUCCAAUGAUGAGUCUUUGGCCUUGUUGCCCAUCGAGGCAAGCCCGGAGCUGCGCUCAACGGUGGUAAAGACGACAUUCAAAAUGGUGAACAAAAGUCCAGACAUAUCGAUGCAUGAAAACGGCAGGCAGCAAAUGACCGUAGUUAAGGAGCCAGUCGUCCCACGCGUGCUGAGUGUCCAACUGGCCUUGGGUACGGAUCACACCACUGGAGUGCGUAGUCUUGCUGGUCAAUACGCUUUCGCCGUUCUCAACCUACGGCACAUUUCAACAGCAAUAGUACACACUGUGAGCGUUAAAGAUGUGAGCCGAGUGUCCACGGAAGCGGUCCAUUCUCUUCGAACCUUAGUCCGCUGGUCCAUCGACCUCAUCAUCUACAUUGUCGAUACUCUACACGAAGUCAAACGCACUCUCCAAAAGGAUCCAUCCAAGACUGCAAAGCAGGCAUUCGAGGAUCUCAUGGCCAAAUCGGCCAGUCCAGCAAUUCACCUCCUACUAUGCUCCUUUUCCCGCGCGCUCCUACGCCUACAAGUCAGCUGGAUUGGCAAGUAUAUUCAAGUCAGCCACCAGGUCGCACCACGCGCCCACUCCGUCGCCGCUCGUAUGGAUCUCACAGCAAUGUUUGAACAAAUGGCCAAAUUACCCGUCAAGCUCCAUCAAGUGGAAAUCAUGCUCGGAGAAUUCGACACGGCGAUUCGUAAUGCGUAUAAUCCCGCUACUCUCCACGCGGACCGUCGCUCUGAGAUAGAGAUUGCCAUGAUCGUUGACGGUGCCAUUCCUGUGGAACUGGAACCUGCUCUCAAUUCAUUGAUGGAUACAAUGUUGCCUAAACUCAGCGAAACGACGGAUAUCAGCGAACUGUUCUUCUGGAAUACAAAUCAUCUGCAAUUAGAUCGUAGUAAGCCGAGAGCUGUCGGGGAAACUCGCUACGAUGUCAUUCGUAAGGUGGUGUUGAAACAGGGAAUGAAGCUGAGGAUUUGCAGGAGAUGUGGAGCGGAGAUGGAGGAUUUGCCGCAUGAUAAAACUAGGGAGAUGCCCGUGUGGUUGUUGCAUGCGCAGAAGCAUUGCAUUUGUAUGAAUUACUGGGUGUUGGCCUGA